AUGCUCCACGAGUUCCUCUUCGCCCUCCUCGUCUCCUUCGUCAUGGCGCACUUCGUCCCGAGCUUGCUCAUCCGCAGGCUGCAGCGCAUGGAGCUGCCCCGGCCCGACGAUGAAGGCGACGACAACAACGAGAACGAGCGCCGCGCUGACGACCUGCCCGCCUCGCCUGCCAACAAGACGCCCGCGAACAACGACCGCUACAACCCCACGCCCAUCGACAUCGCCGUCACCCGCAUCAUGCUCGCCCGCAGCAAGCGCUUGCCACCCGACAUCGUCGACGCCAUCUUCGACUUUGCCGAGUACUGGGCGCACUCGACCAAUGCCAUCAACUUCACGACCGAGCACCAGGACUACCUCCGCAUCAGCGGCUCCAGCCAAGUCGAGACCAAGUUUCUGCUUCGCUCGUUUCCCUUGGGUCUCACAGGCAUCGCUGGAGACAAGAACCUCGCCGAGGAGCUCGCAUACGAUACCAACGAGUCGAAGCCGCGACCGCUCGCCAAGGAACGUGAGCCGGGAUACUUUGCGAAGCUGGCCGACUAUCCUACCCCUCGGCUGGUAAGCCCUUGUCGUAAGAUUGUCUUUUCCAUCCGCGGCAAAGACCAGGGUUGGGUCAGCCAGCCAGACGCAAAGGGCACGUACAGCGCCUCGUGGACGUGGUAUGAGGUUGGACUGGAGCGCUUUGACGCAGAGCAAGACUGCGACUCCAAUUGCACAUACGACGUCCGCCACGAAUCGCCCAAGUCGACGGCGCUACCACUCCCGGUAUGCGGCCUGCGAACGAUAAAGCCGACCAUCAAGCGCGAGCCCGACGAAGAGGACUACAAGUACGACCACCCGCUGCUGCACCAGGACCAGUUCCUCAUCCAGAAGAACCGCACCGCCUCGCGCGACUUUGUCGACCAUGUUGUCACUUGGUCGUACCUCGACGACGUCAAGCCCGACUCGGACGCCGGCAAGGCCCUGGAGGAGCAAGGUCGCGGCCGGGGGACCGGCAACGGCGAAUUCGUGCGCGACCUCAGACUUGGCGACGUGGUGACGGUCUGGGGCAUGGCGAGAUUUGGCGCGUGGGUGAACAAUGUCGAGGCCGUCAAGAUUGAUGUGUAUUGGGCUGUCUGA